AUGCCAGGACGGUGCCCUGUGGAGGGCUCGGCUGGAGUUUCUGGGUUGAGCGCCCCCCUCAGGAACCUGAGGGAGAGUCUGGGACCCCCUGGAAGCCCAUGGCAAAAGGAGCUUAUCACCUUGGGCCCGGGGGAAUCUGCCUGGCAGGUGGUCCUGAAGAAGAUCCAGGAGCUUUCUAAUUCGGACCACCAAGAUCCCUUCAUGGUGGCUGACCUGGGCAUGCUGGCCAGCCGCCAUCGGGCCUUCUGCCAGGCCCUGCCACGGGUCUCACCCUUCUAUGCGGUAAAGUGCAACAGCAGCCCCUGGAUCCUGCGCGUCCUGGCUGCCCUGGGCACCGGCUUCGACUGUGCCAGCCAGGUGGAGCUGGAGCAGGUUCUGGGCCUGGGCGUGGCCCCCUCACGCAUCAUCUACGCCAACCCCUGCAAGCCCUCAUCUCACCUCCGGUUUGCUGCCCAUCACGGGGUGCAGCUCCUGACCUUUGACAGUGAGGAGGAGCUGACCAAGGUGGCCCAGCACCACCCCAGGGCCAGGCUGGUCCUCCGGCUGUGGACCCAGGACAGCCAGAGCUCCUUCCCCCUGAGCGCCAAGUUUGGGGCCAGGCUGGAGGUGUGUGGGCACCUGCUCACAUUUGCCAAAGACCUGGGAUUGGCUGUGGUUGGAGCCAGUUUCCACGUAGGCUCUGACUGCCAGACUCCCCAGACCUACACGCAGGCCAUCGCUGACUGCCAGCGUGUGUUUGAGAUGGGCCGCAGGGCAGGGCAUGACAUGAGCCUCCUGGACAUCGGAGGGGGCUUCCCUGGAGCAGAGGGCUCUGGGCCCAAGUUUGAGGAGUUGGCGAGAGUGAUCAAUGCUGCCCUGGCCCAGGACUUCCCCGAGGAGAGUGGGAUUGAGGUCAUCGCGGAGCCUGGCCGCUUCUAUGUGCAGUCUGUCUGCACUGCUGCUGUCAACAUCAUUGCCAAGAAGGCAGUGCUGGAACCUGGAGGUGGCAGGAAGCUGAAGUAUUAUCUCAGCGAUGGCCACUAUGGCUCCUUCCGCCUCUUCCUUCGAGAGCCUGUUCGCAAGAUGCCCAUCGUGGUAAAGGAGUUCUGCUCGGAGCUGCCCCUCUUCCCCUGCACCCUCUAUGGCCCCACGUGUGAUGCCUUUGACAGAUUCUACUUGGAGGAGGUGUGGUUGCCUGAGCUGGACGUGGGCGACUGGCUGAUCUUCCCCUCUAUGGGCACCUACGCAUCCUCCAUGACCUCCAGCUUCAAUGGCUUCCUGCCUGCUGCCAUCAGCUAUGCCAUGGAUCCCGAGCUCAGGAGCCUUCUGGAGACGGUGCCUUAA